GGCGGGAGGGAGGGGAGGGAACCCAAUCAAAACCCACACUCUGCACACGGAAUAAAACAAAGCAGAAGGACUGCGUCAGACUUUGCAAGGCUCUCAUCCUGCAAGCCAGGAAACUCAGGUCUACGGGAGCAAUGAGUUCCGACUGCUCACAGAGCAAGGGGUUUUUAUGGGAUAAAUGCAGAACUCAUCUGGCUUUUGGAGCUGAUUGGUCUAGAGCUAAUGGUCUUUCUUAUUAGGAUUCAAGGGACUCCAAGGGAACAAGGAAGUCCUGAGAGAGCGUGAACAGACUUUGGUGGUCGGGGAUUGGCUGGUGUCCUCAGCUGAUUUCUGAGAAGAGCUGUAAAUUCCUGUAAGAUUAGGUUAAGUGUCCUUUAUGCGCCUACGUUGGCCAUCUCCAUUCUGUCCUUGACAUAAGUGACUCCACUUUAGUUUGGUUCCACACCCAAGAAGGGGGCAUCCUGGAGUCAGGGAAGCAAGGGCUCCCAGGAGGACGAGCCAGACCGGCUGUGGUGUGGGCCAAGGACGCUGUCGCCUUGGCUUUGCCCUGGAGCCCAUGGAGCUGAGACCUGAUGCCAACCACAAGGAGAAUGUGCCCCCCAGGCCUGUGGCGCCCCUGAGGCCAGAGCAGCAGAGAUUCCUGAAGAGCCGAGAUGUCGGCCUGGGCAGUGGACUUGGCCGGUGGGCGCGCUCGUACCAGGCCCAGAGGGGAGGGCCUGCCGCCACACCCUCCCCAGGGGCCGAGCUGCACCAGGAGCCUUGCCGAGUCCAGACCAACCUGGCUGGCCUGAGCCCCGGCCUGAGCCUUGUCCUGAAGGACACAACUGGCCGGCUGAUCAACUCAAGCUUGCAACAGCAGAGCAACCUGGAGCCCCCGGCCGGCAGGCCCCAGGGGAGGGCCCGAGAGCUCGCCAUCCAGCAGAGUAACCUGAGCAUGAGGGGGACCAGCUUGGCCGAGUGCAGAAGCCCCAUCAGCCCCCGCCUCUGGCCCCACGUGACCCCUCUGUCCCCACACGAUCCUCGCCCCCAAGGAUCACUGGCUUGCCCAUCCUCCAGCCUGAGACAGUCCCGGCUGCUGGCCACAGACUCCCUCAGCCCAGACGUCCAGCCAGCUGCAGGCUUUGCCCCUUUCAAUGGGCACACACGGCCAGGCUCCAGACCCUGGUGUGGCCUGGGGAGCUGGCCCUCUAGGAUCAGGGGAGAGCCCCUCACCCUGGAAGACCUGACUGUCCCUGUCCAGAGCCAGGCUCGGGGCCCAUCCCAAACUGCCAUCCACCAGCUGCUGGCCUCUGUGCGACACCUGGAGCACGCAGUGGUCCGUCUCAGGUGCCAGGCGUUCCAGGAACCCAGCAGUGGGCAGGUACUCCCUGCCCACGCCCAGCCCAGCCAACCUGUUCUUGCUUCCUGGGAUGGGAGGAAGAAACACCUGCCAGGUCUCAGGGAAACUGCCAAUUUCCCAGAGACACAAGGGACCCAGGCUGGCCUCUCAGACUCUCAGGCAAACAGGAAGCCUGCGUCCCUGGAGACCACGCUGGGGAUCCUGCCUGGGGAUUUCCUUGACCCUAAGCAGGGGGUCCUUCUGGCCAACCCCCUGAGGCAAGGAGAGAACUUCUCCCCGGGGCCGACAUAUGGCAGCGGGCAGAGGGGAGACCCCUGGCUCCCUCGAGGGGCGGGCAGCAAGGAGGCCAGACUCUGCUCUUCGGCCCGCUCCCGUGCUGCCCGGGGCGGCCCCACUGGGCAGAAGGGAGGGGAGGUGACUCUGCAGGAACAGGUCAGCAAGGAGGAAGAGAAGAUGGCUUCCUGCCCACCAGACGCAGCCCCAGCAAGGAGCACCAUGCAGAAAAAAGCCCGGAACGUGGUGAGCCUGGCGUCUGAGACAGCCCGCCGGCAGUGGCUGUCCAGAUGUUUCGGAGCCUGGUGGCACUUGGUGCAGGAACGGCAGACAGCGGCUGCAGCAUUGGCCCUGGGCCACCGGCAGGUGUUACGCAGAGGCCUGAGGGCGCUUGGGCGGGCUCCGCGGCUCCGGGAGGCCCAGCUGGAGGUGGCGUGGAGGCGACACACUCAGGCCCUACUGGCCCAGAGCUUCCAGAAGUGGAGAAACCGGACUCUGCAGCAGAAGCAGGGGCAGCCACACGUCCAGGCUGGGCCGGGACCCCCACCCUCUGGGGCAGGACAAGGCCAAGGCCCCUCAGGAAGGGAGCCAGAGGUGGACCCCACCAGGAGAAACAGUCCAGGGAGUCCGAGGGAGGAGGCAGGAGCCUGGCCGAAACCAGCCGGAGGCGAUGGGGCAGACCAGAUGCUGCAGGUCUUACAACAACUGGCUGUCUUCCUCUUGUGGUGCCAUCGGAAGGAAUGGGCCAGGCAGGAGAGGGGGCUCCAGGGAGAGGCCUCCCAGGUCACACUGAGGACUCAGAGGCGGGGGAGACACCCCCAAGCCUGGUGCUCUCCUGCUGCAGACGCACCCAGGGUGGCCUCGCUGGACACUCAGCAGCGGAGAGCCUGGCUCUGCAGGUGCUUUGGGGCCUGGCAACAGUUUGUGCAAAGAGCCGCCCGGUCCCGGGACGGCCUGGCCCGCCGCCGGGCAGGGAGCCUGAGGUUAUGUCUGCAACAGUGGGUGCGGAUGAAGCAGCUCCGGGCCUCAGAUGGAGCGAAGGUGACCCGGUUGUCCCUCUGCUGCCAGAAGGCGGGGAACGUGGCCCUCUGCAGCUCAGCGCCUGGAGUGGCUACAGCCCGUGGCCUGGGGGUAGUGGCUCAGGCCCAGGGGCUGCCCCGGGAGCAAGGCGGGGGCUCCCUGCAGGAAGCCUGCCGGAGACUGGCCCUGCACCGGGCACUGCUGCUCUGGAGGAUGAGGCUCUCCCAGCGCCAGAGGGCGGACUCCUUCCUCCGGGGCAUGCGGCAGCAAAUGAUUCGGCGUAUCCUGAGGGGGUGGCAUUUGAAGGCGUGGGGUCCGAGCAUCCCAUCAGACAGUGCCAGGACCACCUUGGCCCCGGAGCUCCUGGGCAGCAUCCCGGGAAGGGAGCCCUUGCUGGGCUGCAGCCCACCCCGAAGCUCACUAGAAAAGGCUUCCAGGGCCCCUGCCCUCUUGGAGACCCUCCGGCUGAGCUUUUUGUGGGCCUCUGAGCAGCGGCAGAAGGCACGGUGCCUGCUGCUCUGGCAGGUGCAGGCCCAGCAGUCCCGGGGUGCAGCGAGGUGGCACCGGUGUACUCUUCAGAGGCGCAUCCUCCUCGGCUGGAGCCACUGGGCCACGGCCCGAGGGGCCCGGAGAGAGCUGGCUGUUGGCUGGGCCUGGGACCGGAGCUGCAGAGCCGCGCUGGGCUUGUGGCGGAGGCGGCUGGUGCAGGGGCGAGAGGUGGAGCAGUGGGUUCGGGCGCGGGGCCGCAUGCUGGUUCGACGCGCCCUGCACUGCUGGCAUUCCUCCUGGCAGAGGCAGCAGUUCCUGCAUGCAAAGUAUCAGAGGUGGGUGCAGGUCCAUCUCCGGGGCUUGAGGAGGUCCGUGUUCCAGAACUGGCGGCAGGCAGCAGCUGGUCGGAGACACCCAGUGGACCCCCCAGAGCAGCUUCUACUGCACAGCCACUUCCAGGCCUGGUGUGGAGUUGAGAGAGAUACAGGGGUGGUCCCAGCCACGGGAGCCUCUCAGGAUGGCCCGAGAAAGGCCGUGGGGGCCACAAUUGCCACGUGGCAGGAUGCCCGAGCAGCCAAGGCCUGGGCACGGAAGCGGCGUGUGGCCCGGGCCUCCGUGGGCCGCUGGAGAAGCCACGUGCAGGGGGGCCAGGCAGACAGGCAGCUGAGCAGGACCCGGGCCCAGCAGGCCUUCGUAGCAUGGCAAGCAGCUCUGGGCCAGCGCCACAAGGCCCGCCACCUGGCAGAAGGCAGAGUGGCCCUGUGCCGGACACAGCGGGUGCGUGAGUCCCGCCUACACCGGGUCAGCCGAGCCCAUGCUGCCCAGAAGCUGAGCGCCAGGGUCCUAGAGGCCUGGGCCCAGUCAACAACCAGGGGCCGUGUCCAGCGAGCCGCCGUCACCCAGUUCCAGCAGGCUGGGUCCAGACGCCUCCUGUGGACCCACUGGGCCCAGUGGCAGGCAGCACUGCUCAGUAUGCGGUUGGAACCACAGGCGGAGGCCCAGGAGGCCCGUGCAGUUGACCUCAGGCAGUGGCCUAGGGUGGCCAACAGAGGGCGCCUCCUAGCGCUGACCGACACUCCAGCCCCAUGGAAGCAGACCCACGGCUUCGGGACACUGCCCAGCCCAAGCCAGCACCACUGCCACAGCGGACAUAGGAAGCAGACAGAAAUGUCCUGGGCUCAGAGCAGCAAAGAGCCCCCUCUCUGCGGUGCCUUCCAGCGCCAGUGGCAACGGCCUGGAUGCGCCGGCCAGACUCAAGGCUGGCCCCCUACAAGACCAGGUGGGGACGGCAGCUCUGAGGCCGGAGCCCUCAAAAGUCAAAGCAAGGCCGCUAGACAGCUGGGGAGGAAGUACCUGCAGCGCUGGCACUGUGAGGCACCAAUUUGCCGGCUGCGGGGCCCCCAGCGGGCCAGGCAGCUGGCCGCACCGGGGCAGCACCGGGUAGAUGCUCAGGGCGCCAAGCAGCUGGCACGGACGCUGCUGAGGCAGUGGCACCUGAAGUGGGCCUGGCGUGUGUGGCGGCAGCGGGCCCUGCGGCUAUGGGUGGCUCAGCGAUUACAGCAGCAAGAAGGUGGCCGGGUCCUUUCCCAGGCCUUUGAGAAGUGGCGCCAGCACCUGGCAGCCAGGGGCCGGAAGAGAGGAGCCACCAGCAGCUUGAUACCUGAGCCAGGUGGGCAUCAGGAACCCUGGGAGCAGGCUGGAAGCUGCUCGAGCCCGUGUGGUAGACUUGAGGCGGAGCAGGGGACCCAGCUGCAGCUGUGACUUGUUCCCAUGGAAAGAAAAACAACACUGAGCCCAGCCUCCCUAAGGAAGGAACCAUGCUUCACCCAUCAGGGGAGUGCAGCCUGGUCACAGAGGGGCCAGUUCUCUGAGCUCUGAAGGACAAUAAAACACGGUCCUUAGUC